UCGUUACCACUCUUUAUAUACAAACCAUUCCAUGCAAGCAAAUCUCAUCUUUCCAUCAUCUUAUUCACUAAUCCUUUCAAUGGAUUCUUCAGCUAAAUUUCUCCUUUUGUCUCUCCUUAUUUCCUUCUCUCUCUCCCAUGCUCAAACACCUUCAAAAUCUUCAUUAAAACCCAAAGCACUAGUCCUUCCUAUCACAAAAGACUCCUCUACUCUCCAAUACCUGACCCGUCUCAACUUAGGCACUCCUUUGGUUCUAAAAAACCUUGUUGUCGACCUUGGAGGCCAGCAUUUAUGGAUAGAUUGCGACACAGAUUACCAUUCAUUAACUUACAGACCAGGCCAUUGCGGCUCUGCAACAUGUUCUCAGGCUAAAGCUUUUUGCGUUAGCAUAUGCCUCAAUCCUCCCGGUCCUAAUUGCAACAACAAUUCUUGCAUAGUCGACGCCCAGAACAGUGUCUUUGGAGCUGGUACCACGGCACAUGUUUCACUUGAUACAAUCUCUUUCCAAUCCACAGAUGGCUCCAAAGCCGGUCCGCCAGUUUCUUUUUCUAAUUUUAUCUUCGGUUGUGCCCAUAACUUUAGUCUAACUAGUCUUGCCAGCGGUGCUAAUGGCAUGAUUGGCCUCGGAAAGGAAAGACUCGCCUUUCCAUCACAGCUUUCAUCUUUAUUUGGUGGAAGUCUUCGUCGAAAAUUCGCCAUCUGCUUGCCUUCUACUUCCAAGUCCAAUGGUGUCUUAUUCCUUGGCGACUCUCCUUAUCAAUUCUAUCCAGGCUACAACACAUCGAAAGCCAUCGACGUAUCAUCAAGACUCACGUACACCAAACUCCAUACCAAUUACAAAAGAACAGCUACGCCAAGGUUGCAAGGAGCACAAGUGCCAGAGUACUUUGUCAAGAUUACAUCUAUUCUAGUGAACAGAAAACCCAUUCCGAUUAACACAACAUUGCUUGAUUUCCACAGGACAGGUAUUGGGGGUUCAAGAAUAACUACAGUAAAGCCUUAUACCAUUCUUGAAAGUUCUAUCUAUGACUCUCUCGUUAAGGCCUUUGAUACGGAGAUAGCAACUUGGAAAGUCAAAAAGGUUGCAGCUGUAGAACCCUUUAGAGAUUGCUAUAGUAAAGGAAACUUGGCAAUGUCACCUCUUGGGCUCGCUGUUCCUGACAUUACUUUCGUUUUUGAGAACAAGGAUGUGAGCUGGGAUAUGUAUGGAGCUAACUCAAUGGUGGAGAUAAGCAAUGAUGUGGUGUGUCUAGGGUUUUUGAGGGGAGUUACAGAGAUAUGGACAACAACAUCAAUAGACAUUGGAGCAUAUCAAUUGCAAGACAAUCUUGUCCAGUUCGAUCUUGCUGCUUCUAGAAUGGCAUUUACUAACACACUUCUCUUAGAAGAAGUUGAAUGCUCCAACUUCAAUUUCUGAACAUGUUCACUAGUAGCUAGUUAUUUGUGUAUUACUAAUAUGUUCUUCUCGGUUUUGUCUUUUGAUUAUUUAUAUGGUUUCAUAGUUGCGUGAUGAUUAUAAUAAAACUUAGACUUGGAAUUUUGUAA